GUGCUUUUCCAACUGCCUCCACAGAUAUAAGUAAUCAUGUACGAUGCUACAAGGGUGCCAUCACCUAAGGAUGGUGUGAACGCAGUGGCCAAGCCUGUGGUCCCUGGAUCUGAACCCGGGACAGCUGCAAGUUCAGGAGGGCCGGCAGCCAAUGCUGUGCUGCAGGCUAAUACUGAGGAUGGCCAGCCAGCUACAGAGGAGGAUGAGGAGCCCAUACUGGCACCCGUCCUAGUGAAGAAGCCUCACAGAGAGAUUUUGGACCACGAGAGGAAGAGGAGGGUUGAGCUCAAAUGUAUGGAGCUUCAAGAGAUGAUGGAGGAGCAGGGGUACACUGAGGAGGAGAUCCGGCAGAAAGUGAGCACGUUCAGACAAAUGCUGAUGGACAAGGAGGGUGUUAUCACGAGAGAGGGCUCCCACACGCAACCUGUGGUGAACCACUUCCAUUAUCAGCCUGACGACUACGAAGAGGACCCAGAAGCUGUUGGCUACCAAGAUGGAGACUAUGAGCAGGAUUAUCACUGUGACAACAGAACAAAAAGGAAAUCGACAAGCUCUCCGUCCCCUCGUCCGAAGAAAAGGAAGAAGAAGAAGUCUGGCCGUCGAAGGAGUCAGUUUGGCAGUUCCUCACCCACUCGCCGGGAGAAGAAGAAGAAGAGUGGGAAGAAGCACAAGCGAGACAGGUCGGCAUCUGUCUCGAGAAAAAAGAGAAGAUACAGACCAGGCAGCCAGAAGAACAAACACAAAGAUAAGAACAAACAGAAGAAGAGGUCCCCUGGUGAGACCCCCAGCAGGAGUUCGCAGCAUCAGGGCAGCUGCUGCAGCUCACGAAGCGCCUCCCUGUCCUCCACCAGGAGCACCUCCAAAUCUCCCUCCAGACUGAAUUCCAAGCACAAGACAGACGGACAGAAAGCGUCGGCCACAUCGCCGCCCCUGGCUCCAAACAAUCCUGCCAAGUGGCACAACGGGGACCACACCCGACGGAGCCGCAACGGCAAGGCGGCCAGAUUCACACACGCCGACAACGAGAAAGGGAAUGAUAAGCUGCGUCUGCUGAAUGCUAGCUCUGCAGGCAUCCAGUCUACUUUACUAAAAGAGCAAAAGCCCCACAGCGCCCCCAGCAGGAACCAAGCUGAAGAGACAGGGAGUGUGGAUGGCAAGCUCGCAGCUGUAGGGAGCUCCUUAACUCAGGCAUCAGGGAGGAGAAGUGGCCAGAGAGGCCGGAGAAGGAGCUCCCACUCCCCGGAUCACAGCAGUGACUCGGCCAACUUCCAGCACAACCAUGCCCAUAGAGGGAGGACCUCCCGUCAUCAGCGAAAGACCGAAGGUGGUCACUCCUCCAAGCGUCGCAACCACUCUACUCGGGGUCAGGUGCAUCACAAGAGCCCGUCGGUGUCUCCAGGACGCCACUCGCACACCUCAGGUAGGAAGACCGAGGACUGUCGGAGCAAAGGGAGCCUCCGGCAGCGCAGCAGCUCCUGGAGCAGCGACCGCUCCUCCUCGCACUCAGCCUCCCGAGACAAGGGCCAUAGCAAGGCCAAGUCCCCACACAGCCGACAGAACAUCUCCAGAGAAAAGGACAGUGCCAACCGCUCUGACACAGACAGCCGAGCCCGACGCCGCUCACGCAGCUAUUCACCCAUCCGGAAGAGAAGGAGGGAUUCACCCAGCUUCAUGGAGGCUCGAAGGAUCACCAGUGCUCGGAAGCGCCCCAUCCCGUACUACCGGCCCAGUCCGUCGUCGUCAAGCUACGACAGCAGCCCAUCACGGUCCAGUCGCAGUCGUAGCUACAGCAGCUACAGCAGCUACAGCCGCACCAGAAGCCAGAGCCACAGCAGGAGCCGGAGCCGCAGCAGGAACUGGAGCCGAAGCCACAGCAAAAGUCGCAGCCGGAGCUGGAGCCGCAGCAGGAGUCGCUCCCGCAGCCACCACAGCUACUAUAGUCGCAGCAGCUAUGACAGCCCUGGCUUCUGAAUGCACCAGGUGGCGGUGGGGAUGAAGACACCGAAAGCAAACGGACAACGGAGGCUGUGGUUCUGUCUUCAUUGUAACGAGUCCACCGCAGAAUCGCCCUGUACAGUCCAGAGUCCAAACUCCUCCAUCAGGGACAGCUUUUGUCCCCAGCACAGAGCCUGAACAAAGGCAGACGUAUUUUGUUAUAGCACAUUCGUUUGGAUCUGAUCAUGUGUCACAUAAGACAUAGUGUUUAAAAAAAAACGAUCGCCACACGUCAAAAACCAAUUGAGCUGAAGGAACAAAUCUCACUGUCAGUCAGCACUUUCCGUCUCGUCCUCCUCAAGGCAACCAGAAGUGAGUUGAUAAAACAAAACGCGCACUUCAUGAAUAUAUAGGAACACGUGAGCGCGCUAAAAACAGCAGCUAAACGGAAAACAAAACCUUUAAAAAAGGGAAACCUUUCAGAGGUUUAUAUUUUUUUCCAUGGUGUGCUCGUCCCUCCAGAGACGCCGGUUUUAUUGAAGAGAGAUCAACCGAAGUUAGAACAAAGCAGAACUUGACAGAUGAAUGCAGGAACAAAAGAAAAACAAACUUUUUUAUGAUUAUAACUUUUAUUGUAUAGUUAUGCCUGUAUAGAUUUAAACUCGGAUAAGUUCUGGCUUUGUAAACUAUGCACUGUAUAUUCCAUUUAGCUUAAGCAGGUCUGUUUAGCAUGUUACGUCGGCAAAGACUCCUCAACGACGAUUCACUAAAGUGAGAAGGGUGCCAUUGAGUGUCUGAAGGGAGGGGGACGGGACAGUGUAUUACGUAUGUUUACUCUCCUCCCUUGUUCUUUCUACUAACCUCCGUGUGUGCGUGUGCGCGUGCGUGCGUGUUUGUGUGUUUACGCGUGUUUGUGCAAACCUCGUGUUCAAAGAUCAGCGAGUACUCUGCAGCGCAGCCUGAACUCGGGCUUGCCCUAAAGGAAAACUGCAAAUUCUCUCCAUGCACACAUGUUUUCACCUCAGCUAUUUAUGAGUUUAUCCUAUUUAUGUUUAUUUAUUGGAGUAUUUAUUUAUUUAAUGUUUAACUUAUUUUUUAGGUUGUCUCAGUGAUGCAAAUAAGUCCUGCGUUAUGAUGUGAUCAAACGGGAUCUUUUUAGUUGACCUACAAACGGUUGAUCCAAAAAGAUAACAAAGGUUUACUUUGUUGUCACAUUAGAAACAAGUGUCCAGAUUAAAGGUUACUACGUGUUAAAGACACAAGUAAAUUCUUCUACAACAGCCCUGUUUAGACUCCAGGGACACCUUUUAUGCUAAAAUUGAAGAAUGAUGGUGGAAAAACUUGCUGCAGAGAAGCGACCUCUUCCUGUUUGUGCUCUAGGCAGCAUAUUAUUCUGCUCCAUUUCCAGCAUCCUUUUAUCCCUACCAUAAAAGUCCACCGCAUGUUUACACAGUACCAGAGAUCAGUUAGAUAUAACCAUCAGCAGAAGAUGUACCUUGAUGACAGCAGCAUCUGUCUGCAGAUCCUGCAGACAAGCAAGCAAACCGGUGAUGCAAUCACUUAAGUCUUCCUUUCCAUUCAUGCAGUCCUUUACCACUCGAACAUGCCAUGCUCAGACUGGACCCAAUCGUUAGAUCCUGCAAACAUGUUAAUUUAAUCCAAGUAUAUCAUCAGCCCUUUUGUUCAGAUCAUUCUUUGUAUUGUAUAAACUAAGAUCCCUGAUAAUAAACCAAUGAGGAAUUAAUCAAA